ACUGCAAUAUGAGUCUAGUUUUCAAGCUUUAAUUCACAUUAGUUGCGUCUGGACUGAUGACUGAUGCGCUGUCACCGUGUUUACACUCUAGUUUAUACGCAAAUAUAGAAAUAAUGAUGAAGCAAGUGAUUUAAAACCAUGAUCAAAGUCAGUGAUGAUGUAGCACCAGUCUGAAAGUGUUAUACUGGUAGAAAACGUGUAGUGUAUAUUGCUUUUGUGUGUAUUUGCUUUAGAUUUUUUCUAAACUGGAUAGCGUAGUGAUGACAAUAUUUGCCUUUGGAACUUGUUAGUUCCUAACCAAAGCAAACCACAAUUUCCUCAAAAGAGAUGGGAAAAAAAACUCUUGUUGAUCUUUUGUUGAUCUUGGACUCAUUUUAUUUUCUUAUUCUUUGCAGCUCUGCCUUUUCUUUUUCUGAAUCAUGUUUUAAAUUGUCAUACUUUUCAGCAGAAUGUGUUUAUUUCUCCUCCUCAGCUCAGUUUCAUGUGGUCGGGUCUCGUCAGCCUAUCAUAACCAAUCCAGGUGAUGACGUCAUCUUGCCGUGUUAUGUAGAGCCAAAGAUUAACGUGGCAGGACUGACGGUGGAGUGGUCGAGGCCCGAUCGUCGUCCUGACCCCAACGACCAUCUGAGCCGAGUGGAAUAUGUUCAUCUAUACAGGCACAACAGGGAGAUGACUGACAUGAAGCUCCCAUCGUACUUCGGGAGGACGGCGUUGUUCAAAGACGGCCUGAGAGAAGGAAACAUCUCACUAAGAAUCACUAAUGUGACACAAGAAGAUGAAGGAAGAUACAGAUGUUUCGUCCCAAAGUUAAAGAGUCAAACAAAGUCUUCAAUUGUUCAUCUGAUUGUUGCUAAAACGGUGACAACAGAGACACCACUGCAUCCUGAAACUCUCCAAACUCCUGAUCUGGCAGAAGAGUUUCACAGUAAAGGUGGUUUGUCCCGUCGGAGCCGACUGAUCCCACUUGUGGUUUUCUGUGGGUUUAUUCUGCUCUGUGUCGCAGUCGCAGGAUGCUGGUUCACUGAGUCAAAGCGUCAAAAAACAGAACUUGCAAGUGCGGCUUUGUAGGUGCCUUACUCUUGGACACACUGGAAACAUUAACAGAGGCAAAAGCAUCACCCACUUCACUUGGCCGUUAAUUUUUUGUUUAAGGAUUCAAAGCAUUGACUUUUCCAGCCUCA